AUGGCGGCCGUCCGCUCCACCAGGCCCCACCACCACCGCCGCGCCGAGGCGUCGUCCCCGGCGACCUCCCUUGCCGUGGCGGCGGCGAGGGCCCAGGAAGCCCCGCGCCACCGGCCGCGGGUGCCGGUGCAGGUCCGGGAGCCGCAGGACGCGGCGCAGCAGCAGCUGCGGCGGUCCGCGGCGUUCCCGCCGCGCCGCCAGCUGCGCCGCCCGCCCCAGCGCUGCGACAGCGACCUCAACAUCCGGGAGCACCGCAGCUGCAGCGAGGUGGCCGGCGGCACCGCGGCGGGGUGCGCCGCCGUGUGCUGCUGUUUCCCCUGCGUCAUGGUGGAGGUCGUCGUUCUCGCCACGGUGCGCGCGCCCGCGGCGCUGUGCCGCAGGGCCGCCCGCGUGCGCAGGGGCCGCCGGCGCUCCUCGUCCGCGGGGCAGGCCACGGAGAUUUACGAGCUCCUCGUGGACGACGGCGGCAUCGUCGAGGUGGACGCCAGCGCCGCCGAGGCGGUGGCGCUGCCCGUGACGCACGCCUUGGAGGAGACGGGGGAGCUGGAGAAGGAGGUGUGGGCGAGGUUCUACGGCGCCGGCUUCUGGAGGAGCCCGUCGAACCUCGGCGAAGAGGACAGGUGAUCGGAGCAGGCUGCAGCCCGCGAGCGACCAGCUCCGGCGAUGCGUGUGGUAGGCGCCGGCUCCUGCUUGCGCGUUCUCGAUCGGGUUUCCUCCGUUUUCCGCGGGAAGAAGAGAAGAUCGAGGAAAAAGUAAGGAAACUUGGUUGAUUGUCUGUUCGACACGCUACGUUCUUCGUUUUCCAUUUUUGUUUGGUUUUUGGAAGGGAAAAUAAUUCCCUUCUACGA